GAUGGUCCGAUGUACCUUCGCAGGCAAGAUACUGUUUUGGGGCGAGAGAUGCGGUGUUGCUGUUGGGCUGAGAACAUUAUUUGAGCCAUAUGGGAAUGUAUUAUAGUUGGAGUACAUGCUACACAUGAACGUGUACAUGCUACACAUGAACACAUGUAUUAUAGUUGGAGUACAUGCUACACAUGAACGUGUACAUGCUACACAUGAACACAUGUAUUAUAGUUGGAGUACAUGCUACAGAUGAACGUGUCUUGAAAGUUUUCAAGGUUUUACAUAAGACAAGGCAAAAUGUGUUCAAAGGUGACACCAGAAGCUUAGACGCUGCAAGACUUAAGAUAAAUGAAGAAUUCAAAAAUAAUAAAAAUGAGACUUCUCCUGAAAAAAUAGCUGAGUUUAUAAAAUUAGCUUCAGAUGUGGAAGUUAUACUUAGAACAUGUGUCCUACAAGGUGUUUAUGUGGAUGCCGACAAAAUAAGGCUUUUACCAAGAAAGGAUGUGCUGCGAGACAAUGCUCCAUACUGUGACACCCCGAAGCAAAACACAUGAAUUUAAUAGAACAAAAGAUUUGAUUAAUUAACUGUGCCAUGUAAUUUCUUUUAAAAUAAAAUCUCUUUUCUAUAAUAUCGGCCUAAAUAAAA